CCUACAGGAAGGAAGGGUGUGUGUGUGUGUGUUUAGUAAUAAAUUUAGAAGGGAGGGGGCGACCGGUGUGUGUGUGUGUGUGUGUGUGUGUGUGUGUGAGCGCGCAUGUGUGUGUGUUUAGAAUAAACUUAGAAGAGAGGGGGCGACGCGGGUGGGCUUCCGGACUGCAAAAUUAGAACACUGUGUAGCUAUUGCUGGCAGGACUCAGGCCUCUGUUCCAGCAGAGUGCUCUCAGUGGCCUCGGGAAGGAGUUUGACUGAGAUUGGGAAUUCCAUCCCUGGCACAGUUUUGGAUGCAGAGGGGAGGCGAGGGUGAAGGGAAAAGAGCAAAGAAUGCAUGGGGAAGGUGCCAGCAUCUAGGUCUGGAAUGGAUUUAGUUCAUUCAGGGAGAGCUGGACGAUGAAAACACUGAACACUCUAAGAAGCUUGGGAGAUGUAGGAGAUUAGUGUAUGGUAAUAACAAGACAAGAAGGAGAUGGGAGGAGGAUGUUCUUUUCUAUAUUUCUUAGAAGACCAUCUACAUGCAUUGUUAGUGCUUUUGGUAUUUUGAUGAUAGAGCAGAGUAAAAGAAUAGUUAAGAAGUCUUAGGAAUCCAUUUGGGCAUAUAAUAGAUUAGAGAGUGUCACAAUGUUUAAAUAUUCCACAGGUUAACACUGAAAUCAGCCUUCAGGCCAUGCUGGUUCUAUGGUCUGUUUCUUCUCAUGAACCCCAGCAGAAGACAGAAAGGCCAGUCCUCACAGUGGAUGACUUCCCUUCCCUGAGCAAGAGAUGGGAUAGAACCUGGGAUCUGCCCAACACCAGACUCUGAGCUUAAUAAGCCAGCUGAAUGAAGGAAUGUAACAGACCCCUGGGAGGGACACUGAACCCUGCAUUGGGGGGGGAGGGGCCUGGACAUACCCCUUCCCCCCCAGACUCCUCCCCCUCAGAGUCCACUCAGCCAUGGACUUUGGACCUGGAUAACAGGAGAGAAGCUGCACUUUGUUUGGUGUAUCUGAUCUGGGAUUUGAAGUUUUUGAAAUGGAGUACUGGAAGGGGGUUUGAUGAUCUCCAGGGGAGCAGCUGAGAGAAGAGAAGAAAGGUGCAUGGCUGCUUCCUAAUCCUGAGGUCCAGAGAAAGCAUCCCUAGAGCUGUGGAAGUGAACUAGGCAAGCCAAGGGCAGCCUUGAGCCCCACCCUUGCCUGCCACCCCCUCGGGGGCCAGGAUGCUGAAGAAGCAGUCUGCAGGGCUUGUGCUGUGGGGCGCCAUCCUCUUUGUGGCCUGGAAUGCCCUGCUGCUGCUUUUCUUCUGGACACGCCCAGCGCCUGGCAGGCUGCCCUCUGACAGUUCUCUGGAUGAUGAUCCCGCCAGCCUCACCCGCGAGGUGAUCCGCCUGGCCGAGGACGCGCAGGUGGAGUUGGAAAGGCAGAGGGGGCUGCUGCAGCAGAUCAGGGAGCAUCAUGCUCGGUGGAGCCAGAGGUGGAGGGUGCCCACUGCUGCCCCACCCAUCCCACCACGUGUGCCUGUGUCCUCACCACCAGCCGUGAUCCCCAUCUUGGUCAUUGCCUGUGACCGCAGCACUGUCCGGCGCUGCCUGGACAAGCUGCUGCACUACCGGCCUUCGGCUGAGCACUUCCCCAUAAUCGUCAGCCAGGACUGCGGGCACGAGGAGACAGCCCAGGUCAUCGCCUCCUAUGGCAGUGCUGUCACGCAUAUCCGGCAGCCGGACCUGAGCAACAUUGCGGUGCCCCCAGACCACCGCAAGUUCCAGGGCUACUAUAAGAUUGCACGGCACUACCGCUGGGCACUGGGCCAGGUCUUCCAUAGGUUCAAGUUCUCAGCAGCUGUGGUGGUGGAGGAUGACCUGGAGGUGGCGCCAGACUUCUUCGAGUACUUCCAGGCCACCUACCCGCUGCUGAAGGCCGACCCCUCCCUUUGGUGUGUGUCUGCCUGGAAUGACAAUGGCAAGGAGCAGAUGGUGGACUCGAGCAAGCCAGAGCUGCUCUACCGCACAGACUUCUUUCCUGGCCUGGGCUGGCUGCUGUUGGCUGAGCUCUGGGCUGAGCUGGAGCCCAAGUGGCCCAGGGCCUUCUGGGAUGAUUGGAUGCGCAGGCCUGAGCAGCGGCAGGGCCGGGCCUGUGUGCGACCUGAAAUCUCCAGAACGAUGACCUUUGGCCGCAAGGGUGUAAGCCACGGGCAGUUCUUUGACCAGCACCUCAAGUUCAUCAAGCUGAACCAGCACUUCGUGCCCUUCACCCAGCUGGAUCUCUCAUAUCUGCGACAGGAGACCUAUGACCGAGAUUUCCUUGCCCGUGUCUAUGGGGCUCCCCUGCUGCAGGUGGAGAAAGUGAGGACCAGUGAGCAGAACGAGCUGGGGGAGGUGCGGGUGCAGUACACAGGCAGGGACAGCUUCAAGGCCUUUGCCAAAGCCCUGGGCGUCAUGGAUGACCUCAAGUCUGGUGUUCCCAGGGCCGGCUACCGGGGCAUUGUCAGCUUCCUAUUCCGGGGCCGCCGUGUCCACCUGGCUCCCCCACAGACCUGGGAUGGCUAUGAUCCUAGCUGGAAUUAGCGGUGCCUGUCUGUUCCUCCUGGGCUCCUUCCUUGCCAUAUCAUGGGAUGAGAUGGGACCGUGUCCUUGGGCUGCAUCGCCCUCUCUGUGUGUCUCUCUUGGGUACAUUUAUCUUUUUUUUUCUUUUUUUCUUCUUUUUUCGAGUGGCAUUCAGAAGCACAGAGGAUAAGGUGAGGGUUAUUCUCCCAUUCUCAAGGGGGGGGGGGGUCACAUCAGGGGAAACUUCCUGGGAUAUGUUGAGCAGUAUUAAGCAAGAAACCACUGUGUGGUAGGGGAGAGACUUGGGCAUGUUGGAGCCAUAGACUUCCACGUUCCAGGUUUUCUCCUAGAGCAUCUGCAGAGAGGUGAGCAACUUUAGUUCUCUUGACCAGCUCUCUUUCCCCUGUCCCGGCUCUUCCAGCCAGGGUGUGAGCUCACCUCCUAUACCUGCUCCCCACCCCUACCUUCCCCCAAUUUGAGGGGUUGCUGGGUUAUUUGAAAAGGGGACUUAUCUGUGGCCAAAAUGAAACUAACCAAAGGGGUUUCAUCAUCAGAGUCUGGGUGGAGCUGUUAGGCUUUCAGGGUUUACUGCCACCUACUCUUAUUUCUCUUCUACUCUUCUCCUUAUCCCUGACCUCCUUUCUGCUCUUCUUUCCUUGCAGCUUAACAAUUUGUGAUUCUAAGAUGAGAAGUUGAAGGGGGAAAGCAAGACGUCUCCUCAGUUUGUCUGCAGAAGUUGGGGGAAAGGUGGUAGGGGGAAAGCCUUGGUGUGCUGGGACAUACCUCCCUCAUCCUGCCUCAAAGAAACAGACUCUGUUCCUGGAUCCUGACCUUUCUAAAAAUUGAUCCCUUCCCUUUUGCUCUAGGAGGUUUCAUGCUGGCUUUGUGGAAGAGAGAUUAGCUCCUUGUGUCCCUUUUCCCCUGGGGUUUGGUGCACAGGCUCCUCCCUAAAGGUUGUGGUUUCUGGUGGCCUUCCCAGGGUGAGGUAGAACAGCCAAGACAGGAUGGCUCCUGCCUCCCUCCGCUGUCUCCGGGGCAUAUCCUUAUCUGCUCAGAUUAGGAUGAGGAUGGCAAGUUGGAGAGCAAUGUGUGUGUUUUUGCUUCUGGCCUGACCUCGGUUCAUGGAAGAAAGUUGAAGCUACAGAAUUAUUUUCAAAAAUAAAGGCUAAAUUGUCUGAAAAA